AUGAUGCUCUCCAGACGAGCUGCCUCGGCGGCCACGCGAGCCCUCUCCCCGCGCGCGUCCUCGCCCGCCCUCGCCGCCCAGUUCUAUGCCACGGCCGCCGCAGCCGCCGCCGCAGCCGCACCCGAGGCUCCGGCAUCCCCGAAAUUCGCCGCCAAGCCCAGGGUCGUCGCCAGAUCCCCCCUCGGCGCCAUCAAGGCCACCCCCCCCCCUCCCGAGGCGAGACCGACGCAGGAACCCCAAACCAUCGCCUGCCAGCCCGAAGGGUCGCGCCCGCCGGUCGACGCCGCGGGCAUCCCCGUGGUAGACUGGGCAAACAGCUUCCACGGGAUAUCAUCCCAGCCCGUCACGCGGGAGCAGUUCAAGGCGCUCAUGGCGCCGCUCGCCAUCAAGGACAUCGAGGUCAAGCCCGACGGCGUCAUCUACCUCCCCGAGAUCAAGUACAGGCGGCGAUUGAACGAGGCCUUCGGCCCCAUGGGCUGGGGCAUGAUCCCCAAGGGGGACGCCGUCGUCGGCAACUCCAUCGUCACGAGGGAGUAUGCGCUCAUCGUCGACGGCCGCUUCGUCUCGCAGGCCCAGGGUGAAAACGCCUACUUCUCGCCCGACCAGCUCCCCUCGUCCGUCGAGGGGUGCAAGUCAAACGCCCUCAUGCGCUGCUGCAAGGACCUCGGCAUCGGCUCCGAGCUCUGGGAUCCCCAUUUCCUCCGCUGGUUCAAGAAGACGCACAUGGAGCAGGCGUGGGUCGAGCACGCGACGACCAAGAAGAAGAAGGCGUUUUGGUUCAGAAAGGGCGAGGUGCACGUUUCGUAUCCCUAUAGCCUGACCAAGUAA